ACGUGGGGUUUAUAUCCUGGUUGUGUGGCUGCGGACCUGCCAUUGCAAGAUUCUGUUUUGAAAAAGCAAUUCAACAACCAACGAUGUCUGGAAGAGGAAAAACCGGAGCGAAGGCCCGCGCCAAGGCCAAGACCCGUAGCUCCCGCGCCGGUCUGCAGUUCCCCGUCGGCCGUGUUCACCGUCUCCUCCGUAAGGGUAACUAUGCCGAGAGAGUGGGCGCCGGGGCACCCGUGUACCUAGCCGCUGUGCUGGAGUACCUCACCGCUGAGAUCCUGGAGUUGGCCGGCAACGCCGCCAGGGACAACAAGAAGACCCGUAUCAUCCCUCGUCACCUUCAGCUGGCUGUCCGUAACGACGAAGAGUUGAACAAACUGCUCGGCGGUGUCACCAUCGCCCAGGGCGGCGUCCUGCCCAACAUCCAGGCCGUCCUGCUGCCCAAGAAGACCGGCCAGUCUGCACCGAGCUCCGGCAAGGCGGGAAAGAAGGCCUCCUCUCAGUCUCAAGAGUAUUAGCUUGGUGGCUAAUAACUUUUAUCCCAAAGGCCCUUUUAAGGGCCACCCACUCAUCAUUGAAAGAGCAACAUAUCCUGUUAAUCGCUGUCUUGUUGCACAUUUCGCAUGAUUUUUUUUAUUUAAUAAACGCUUGUUUUGUAAAA